AUGGGUGUCCAGGAAUAUUUUCAUGGCCUGGAUUCGAUUCCAAGUUUUGGAGAUCCAGGGCCAUCAUGCCAUAUGUCUCCACAUGGGAUCGACACUAACCCUGGUCAAGGUUGUCGCAGUUCAGCUGAAGAUGAUGUAUAUGCUAGUGGGCAUGAUAGGCUCCUUGCCUCUGGAGAAGAUGAUCCGGAAGAAGAUGACCCGAAAGUUGAUGCGGAAGAGGUUGAAGAGUCGGAGUCACAAGAUGUGUCUGGUAGUGACUCGAAUGAUAAGCAUGAAGGUGGGGGUUUAAGAGUAAAUCUCGAUACCCAACAACCCUUUGUUGGGUAUGGGGUUGCCAACACAGAUUGCGGAAAUAUCAGACGCAAUAGCACAGCUGGCAGCUCUGCAUAUGUUCCUAGAGGAAUGACAUUUUUCUCCGAUCUUGGGAGUAUAGAUGAUGAUGAUAUAGAAGAGGAGGAUGGAUUGGAGCGUAUUGUAACAUUCAGUGAGGAGAAUAAUAAUAUACGUCUCCCUAUGAGAUUUGAGAGUAAGCAGCAGCUCAGCGGGGCAGUUAGGAUGUGGUCCAUCAAUCACAAUAGGGAGUUUAGAGUUAUUGAGAGUAAGAGUAACACGUGGUUUGCUAAAUGUAAAUCAUCAAUUGAAAGAACUCCUUCCACUUCAAACGCGCCAUCGUAUCCACCAUGCGACUGGUGUGUUAGAGCCGUAAAGAAAAAGACUCAUGAAAUGUGGCAAAUUACAAAAUGGGUCAAUGACCAUAACUGCUUGGGCGACAUGAUUAGAAAUAACAAUACAAGCCUGACGGCUUCCGUUAUUUCAAGGCACAUCCUCCGUAGCAUUGAAGAUGACCCUGGAUUAAAGGUCAAGAACAUACUAAGUUUCGUUAAAGAAAACUUGAAGGUUGAUGUGUCUUACAAAAAAGCCUGGUAUGCCAGACGUAAAGCAAUUGAGCUUGUGUUUGGAUCUUGGGAAGCGAAUUUUGCCGAACUACCACACUAUCUCGAUGCCCUGGUGCAAUCCAAUCCAGGCACCGUAGUGGAGUGGUCACAUCAUUCGGAUAGUUCAGAUCGAGUUAAGACUUUUAAGUAUGUAUUCUGGGCCUUUGGACCGGCUAUUGAAGCAUUCCACAUGUGCAGGCCGGUUAUAUGCGUUGAUGGCACUCAUUUGCAUGGCGAAUACAAGGGCAAACUCCUUGUUGCAGUCACUCAAGAUGCGAACAACAAGAUUCUGCCAAUUGCUUAUGCCAUUGUGGAUGAGGAGACGAUUUCCAGUUGGUCGUGGUUUAUGGAACAAUUAAGAUAUAAUGUGGCACUUGAUCGACAUCCUAUCUGUGUCAUUUUCGAUCGCCACAAUGGUAUCAUCUAUACCAUGACACACUUUGACUAUUGGGAGGAACCUUUAGCCUACCAUAGAUUUUACCUGCAACAUGUUAGGAGCAAUUUGAUGACACACUUCAAAGGUUUACACCUUAAAAGGUUGUGUUGCGCAAUGGGAAAGGCAAGACAAUUACGCAAGUGGCGGAUGUUUAGAAGAGAACUACGAAGCAUGUUUCCAGAUGCUUGGAAUUUUCUGUCAGCCAUUAGUCCUGAAAAGUGGUGCAUAACACACGACGAUGGCCAUCGUUGGGAUAUUCUAACUACCAACAUAUCCGAAAGCUAUAAUAAUGUCUUGCGCGGGGCACGCCAUUUGCCAAUUCAUGCAUGCAUUGACAUGACAUUUCAUCGGACAGUUGAGUUAUUUAAGACGAGAAGGGAAGAUGCUUCACAUUGUCGUAAUCCUUUUCCCCCAAAGAUAUGGCGGUGUUUUAAGAAUGCUGAGUUGAAGGCAGGCGCCCACGGAGUCAUUGAGUUCGAUGGCCCAUCGGGCGUAUACAAGGUUAUCACAGGCCGGCGUGUCGAUGGUAAAGGAGGCAAUACGCAAACCAUCAGGUUUUUUCAUAAGACAUGCUCUUGUGAAAAGUGGCAGAAUUACAGGCUUCCUUGUUCACAUGCUUUGGCGGUGUGCAGAAAUAGGGGUGACAAUCCAGGAUUGCUUGUGGAUCAGCAGUUUACCAAAACAAGUUGGGCCGUGCAGUAUUCAGGAAAGUUUAACCCACUGCCGCAUCAAGAUACUUGGCUCCAUCCUGGGUGGGAGCUGCAGGCAGACAGGAACAAAUUUGUUGCACGUCGGGCAGGGCGGGUUCGAGCCAGCAGAAUUCGGAAUGAGAUGGAUGAAAGGGAUCCAGACGAACCAAGAAGAUGUCGAAAUUGUCAUCAGACGGGUCACAAUAGGAGAAAUUGUCCGAAUUAUAUGUCUUGA